AUGGCUUCCUCUCUACGUUCUCUCGCUCGUCCCUCCACUCUCAGAGCUGUCGCAGCUACUCAACCUCUCCGAUGCCUCACCACAGCAAACCGAACCUUUGUCCGCACGAAGGUCACUCUCCCUGAUCUUUCAUACGAUUACGGCGCGCUCGAGCCAGCUAUUUCCGGAAAGAUCAUGGAGCUGCACCACAGCAAGCACCACCAGACCUACGUGAACUCGUACAACGAGGCUGCGGACAAGUACGCCGCGGCCGACGCGAACGGCGACGUGGCUGCCAAGAUCGCCCUGCAGCCGUUGAUCAACUUCCACGGCGGUGGCCACGUCAACCACAGCCUGUUCUGGGAGAACCUGGCUCCCAAGAACUCCGGCGGCGGCGAACCUCCCUCCGGCGAACUGGCCAAGGCCAUCGACACGACGUACGGCGGUCUCGAGGACCUGAAGAAGAAGUUUAACGCCGCCUUGGCCGGCAUUCAAGGCAGCGGCUGGGCCUGGCUGGUCAAGGACACACAGACUGGAGAUAUCUCUAUUCAGACAUACGCCAACCAGGAUCCCGUGGUCGGUCGGUACAAGCCUCUGCUGGGCGUUGAUGCCUGGGAACACGCGUACUACCUCCAGUACCAGAACCGGAAGGCCGAAUACUUCAGUGCAAUCUGGGAUGUGAUCAACUGGAAGGCGGCCGAGAAGAGAUUUCAGUAG